AUUUCUGCCAAAUAAUAUAUCUCCUAGCGCGAGCGCUUGCUUGAAUUUACUUUUUACUCAAAUGGAUAUACCAGAGAAAUACAAGUAUCUGUUCAAGUUUUUGAUUAUUGGAGCUUCAGGCUCUGGAAAAACAUGCAUUUUACGAAGAUAUACUGAAGGAAAAUUUAUACCCAAUAUGCCUCAUACAAUUGGAGCAGAAUUUGGCAGUAAGAUCAUAAAUGUAGAUGGGACAACUGUUAAAAUUCAGAUAUGGGAUACUGCAGGUCAGGAGCGUUUUCGAUCAGUGGCUCGUUCAUAUUACCAUGAUGCUGUUGGAGCACUGCUAGUCUAUGAUAUUACUAGUAGAGAUUCGUUUAAUGAACUAGCCUCUUGGUUGUCCGAUGCACGAACUCUUGCUUCGCCUGAUAUCAUGAUUGUACUAGUUGGAAAUAAAAAAGAUUUACAGGAUAGUGAUGGACAUGUAACUAAUUGGGAGGCUAGUGCAUUUGCUCAAGAUAAUGAUCUUCAUUUCUUAGAGACAUCAGCACUUACUGGUGAAAAUGUCGAAGAAGCUUUUAUUCAAUGUGUUCGUAAACUUGUUUUUAAAAUUAGAAAUGGUGAAUUAGAUCCAGAUCGUUUAAAAUGUAAUCGACACUCGUCUAGUUUAACAUUUAUGGAACAUUCAAAAUUUAAUUCUAUCCCACAAGUUCAUGUACAAAAUAAUGAUUCAACACUUUCAUAUGAAUGUAAUUGUUGAUAAGAUUUUAAAUUUUUUUUUAUCUUAUGACAUUAUUACUACUUAAUAGACAUUCAUCAUUUGUUCUUUUAUACAUAUAUAUGUAUCAAGAAAUAGAAUCUUUAAUUUCUAACUAACUUCAUGUAUGUUUCUCGUUUAUUUUGUUCUCUAUUUCCAAUGUUUUGUGUAUUCCAUCCAAAAUCUAUCAGAUUAAUUUUACCUAUUAUAUUUCCAUAAUACAACUUGCAUUUCAAUGAUUGAUUUAAUGUAUAUUCCAUAGAUCUUCUGUUGAAAGAAUUCAAUCUUUUAAAUGACAAGUUUUAAUCUGUUCUUUAUGUCAUUUUGUUGAAACAUUUUGAUUGAAUAUUAUUUAUUUUCAUAUAAAAGUUCUUUAUGGCUUAAAGUCUAUAAUUUAUACAUUCAAUAUGCAUAAUUUAAUGAGUUUAAUUGUAUUAUGAUUUUUUUCGCUUCGGUUUCUCAGGUUUUCUUUUCUAUCUUCGAGAAGCUUAGUAGUUAUACUCUUUGUCUUAUCCCUUUGAAUAAAUUAACAAUCAGUGACUAUAUGCUCCUUGUUUUUGUUGGAUGGUAUUUAGCAAACCUAAUCAAUAAUGAGAUGACUUGAUAGUUUUAGCUAUGUAAUGUAGGUACAAUUUCACCUGUAUUUGGCAAGUUAUUCAGGAAAUGACUUAAUAAAAUACUUUUAAUUAUGUAUUUAUCGUUAGUAAUUCGUGUGAUUUUAUUAUUAUUUUUACGAAAUCAAUCAAGAUGUAACAUUUAUCCUCUUUUGUACUUAAUUACUUACGCCUGUUACUCUUCGUGAAGGAGAAUAGGCCGCCGACCAGCAUUCUCCAACCCACUCUGUCCUGGGCCUUCUUUUCUAAUUCCAUCCCAUUCUUGUUCAUUUUUCUCAUGUCUAUUUCCAUUUCCCGGCGUAAUGUGUUCUUUGGCCUUCAGGAUUCCAUGUGGGGGCUUGUCUUUGACGCAGUUGGGUGCUUUCCUCAAUGUGUGUCCUAUCCACUUUCAGCACUUCUUCCUGAUUUCUUCCUCCUCUGGGAUCUGGUUUGUUCUCUCCUACAGUAGGUUGUUGUUGAUAGUGUCUGGCCAACGGAUUUGAAGUAUUUUUUUGUAUUAUAUUCAUAUAAUUUAACUCUAUCAACUUUAAUCCAUCACUUAUGCACAACAUCUAUUAACUACUUAAUCAAAACUUCCAUAUGUAUACUUUAUAUUAUCACUUUUAGAUUUGUAACUGUUGUGCUUAAAAGUUAUUUAGAAAAAUAAUUGUUCUCUAAAUAUUUCAUAGUGAUUUUUAAAUUACUUAUUUGCACAGUACUCAAAAUCGUUUGCAAUGGCGCAGUUGCAUCCACUCUUUGUGUUCUCCUAAAUUCUAGUCUUUUGACUUCUUCAUGUCCCUUUCUUUCUUCUCUUUCCAAAUGCAUUUCAUUGUAUUAUACUCCUUGAAUAACAUCUUCGAACCCUAAUGUUUCCGAUUACUGCUUAUACUCUUACCGCCUCUACCACUACGGGAUUUGAAUCGACAAGUGCAUCUCUGUGCUAAUGUGGUGUGGCAACUCGAACUGAUGUACGUACGUACGAAGUUCUAAGUUGUUACUGACUGACUGACAGCACUUAGAUGAUCUAAUAACAAACAAGUUUCUAAUAGAACUUCGAAUUAAGGUAUAAAAAAAGAAUGAAUUACUCAAGUAAUUGUUGAGCAAAAUCAUUGUAUUUAAUGGUAUGUUUAUUUACACCUGUGAGUAUUACAUUUACUGUUAUUAUUUCGUUUUGUUUUUAUACAAAAUAUGGUUAAACACUAUUAAAACUACUCAUGACAAUGUUCAAGUAGUAUGUGAAUGAAUAUGUUUCGAAAGGAAAGAAAUCAUGUCAUUUAAUACAACAGUAAUUCAUGCAAAAAAUUGUGUACUGAUUUUGUUUUAGAAAAUAUAAUAACUUCCCAAUCUGUUU